AUAAUGUCGAUACCUUUACGGCCAUGUCGGUCCUACCACCGAUUGCGAUCUACCUCAAAUCGAUGCUGCUUCGACUUUGCAAAGUGGCAAAGAGAGCCAAGGGUAGGCGACUGACUAAGAAGGAAGUGGAGGGAGAACAGCACAACCUAUAUAAGAGCCGGUAUAACAGUGCUGCUGCGAAAAUGGCCGUCAGGACAAUCCUCCAAAAUCCACACCAUGAGCGCCUUUCUCACCACUGUCGCCACCAUCGCUGGUCUGCUGAGUAUCUUUGCAGAUCCGGUGAAUGCCAAAUCAGGCCAGUCAGUCCAAGCGCGAGAUGUUACCCUGCCGCCCAUUCCUGGUAGCCCUCAAAUCAUCACCAAUGGUGCUUUCACCAACGCCACAUACGGGUGGGAGUCAUCCCCAACAGGCAAGAUCCAAAAUGGCUUGUACUGCAUCACCGUCCCAUCGGGAUCAGCGCCCGGCAAUAGCAGCUAUUUGAGGACGACAUACCAGUUUUUGGAGACGAAGAACGAUGUCUACACGGUGAACUUCACGGCAAGCUCGUCCGUGGGCUUUGAUAUCAUUGUGCAGACUCCAGACCCUCCAUUGGACCCGAAUUUGAACACCACAGUUCCAUUGACGACAACACCACAUCCUUUCUCCGUCACUUUCAGCCCUGCCAAUCAAGCACCAAAUGCAACCCUCGAGUUCGACCUUGGAGGAGCACCUGCAGAGGCACAAGUGUGCAUUGGCGAUGUCAGCAUGAAACGCAUCGAUCGGAGCGGCUAUGUGCAAUUUGUCGGCCCAGCUCUGAAGGUCAAUCAGCUGGGCUACCUGCCUCAAGGACCAAAGGUCGCUACGUUGGUUGCGAACAAUACCAAAGCCGUGACUUGGUCGUUGCUCAGUGCUUCAGACAGUAUCGUGGCGAGCGGAAACACCACUCCGAAAGGCAUGGAUGCGGCAUCUGGCCAGGUUGUGUCCACGAUUGACUUCAGCAACGUCACACAAGACGGAGACGGAUAUGUGUUGACUGCUGGCAAUGCGACCAGCUAUCCAUUCACCAUAUCCUCGACGGUCUACGACACGUUGCGGCAGGACUCUCUCCUAUUCUUCUAUCAGCAGCGCAGUGGUAUCGCGAUCGACGCGGCAUUGGCAGGCUCUCAGUAUGCCAGAGCGGCAGGUCAUGUCCAAGUCCCACCCAACCAAGGCGAUGUCCAGGUUCCAUGUCAGGCUGUUCAUGACUCGUUGAUCGCCUACCUCGAGCCAUGGACUUGCAAUUACACUUUGAACGUGACACAAGGCUGGUAUGAUGCUGGUGACCAAGGUAAAUAUGUGGUCAAUGGAGGCAUAUCGGCGGCACAGCUGCUCAUGGAGUAUGAGCGGACUCAGCACAUUGCCAACGCUACAAAUGUCCUGGUUGAUGGCUCGCUGCGUAUUCCCGAGCGUAACAAUGGUGUCCCUGACAUUCUUGACGAGGCUAGAUGGGAGAUUGAGUUCUUGUUGAAAAUGCAGGUCCCUGCUGGCUCUCCACCACAAUUGUUCAACGGCAGCAUGAUCGACAUGUCUGGCCUGGUCCAUCACAAGAUGCAUGACAAUCAGUGGACGCCUCUUCCUACCGAUCCGUCGCAAGACCCCAAGCGUCGUGAACUCCACAGACCGAGUACAGCCGCCGCUCUCAAUGUUGCCGCUGUAGGGGCCAUGGCUGCUCGCUCGUUCGCCACGUACGACAGCGCGUUCUCGCAGCAGUGUCUGCAAGCAGCGACAACAGCCUACGCCGCUGCAACGAAGAAUCCAGCAAUUCUGGCGCCAGGCACCGACUGGGAUCUUGGUGGUGGAGCGUACAGUGACGACGAUGUGACGGACGAGUUUUACUGGGCCGCAGCGGAGUUGUAUCUCACCACUGGCCAACAACAAUAUCUUACGGAUCUGACGAACAAUACCUACCAUACGGCAAAUGUGUCAACACUGUUCACUAUCCCAGACGGCUUUUCUUGGGGCUCCGUCGCUGCUCUGGCACAGCUUGACCUGGCGACUAUCCCGAGCAAUAUCUCCAACCACCCCGCCAUCGUACAGUCGGUGCUAGAUGCAGCAGACAUGUAUCUCGCUGUCCAACGCAACGCCACCAACGGAUACGGCGUGUUUCUGAACUCGUACCCAUGGGGUUCGAAUAGCAACAAUCUCAAUAAUAUCCAAGUUGUGGCGACGGCGUUUGACUUGAGCGGCAACAUCACGUACAGAGAUGCGGCACUUCAGGGCGUUGACUAUGUCCUCGGUCGCAACGCCCUUGCUUUCUCGUACAUUCGCGGCUACGGAACGAAUUAUGUACAGAAUGUGCACUCGCGGUUGUACGCGCAUGAGCUCAAUGACCAAGUUCCACAGGCGCCUGCUGGGGCUAUGUCUGGCGGCGCGAAUGAAGAUGCGAGUGAUCCUCCUGCCGAUGAUGUCCUUCAGGGGUGUAAGCCGCAGCUGUGUCAUGUUGAUGAUGUGAAUAGUUACAGCACAAAUGAGGUUGCCAUCAACUGGGGGUCGGCACUUGCUUGGGUGGUCGGAUGGGCUGCAAGUCAAGGCUGAUCGGGUUGGAAGGAAUGAACCGUAUACAACAUGCAUAGAGAAAGUGGUACAGUAAUGGACGUCAGUCACGGUGUCUCCGAUUCUCCCUUUUAUCUCGUCGCAUUUCCGGUAGCUAAGUUCGUGA